AUGGUCAUGACCAAGCUCACCUCCGACGGCCUCAGCGGUCUUUGCUCCAAGGAGAAACUUCAACUCCUGGAUGCCAUCGACUCCCUCCGUUCUCAUGGCAUCAGUCACUACAUCUCCCUCCCUCAGAUCAUCGUCUGUGGUGAUCAAUCUUCCGGCAAGAGUUCCGUCCUUGAAGCCAUCUCAGGCGUCUCCUUUCCAGUCGAGACCAAUACCUGCACCCGAUUCCCCACUGAGCUGGUUUUGCGAAAGACCGCUCAGCAUAGUGUCAAUGUUCGCAUUGUCCCGCAUCAUUCCCGCCCAGAGGCUGAGCGAAAGACCCUGGCUGGUUUCCAGGAAACUCUUGACGCCUUUGACGAGCUCCCCAAGUUGAUCAACAGUGCGAAGGCUGCCAUGGGCAUCACAACCCAGGGCAAGGCUUUCUCUAACGACAUCCUUCGCAUCGAGAUCAGCGGCCCCGACCGUCCUCAUCUCACUAUAGUUGACUUGCCCGGCCUCAUCCAUUCCGAGACCAAAAGUCAGUCGAGAGCCGAUAUCGAGAUGAUCAGGAAGGUUGUUAAGGGUUACAUGAAGCAGCCACGGAGCAUCAUCCUUGCUGUCGUAUCUGCAAAAAACGACAUUCCAAAUCAAGUUGUUCUGCAGUUGGCACAGCAGGCUGAUCCUAAGCGAAACCGUACCUUGGGAGUCAUCACAAAGCCCGACACUCUCAUUGGUGGCACUAAGAAUGAACAAAGCUUCAUUGAUCUGGUCAAGAACAAAGAUGUCGAGCUUCGCCUAGGUUGGCAUCUUCUUCGAAACUGGGACUCUGAAAAGGACACCUGGGCCCCAGAAGAGCGGGACGCCAGGGAAAGAGAGUUCUUCUCUAAGGAAAGCUGGGUGUCUAUCAGGGCAUCUCACUGGGGCAUCGAACCGCUCAGAAACAGGCUCAGUCAGCUGCUUGUUCAAAAAAUCUCCUCCGAGCUCCCCGAUCUGAUCUCUGAGAUUUCCGCCAAGGCUGCCUUGUGUCAAGACCAACUCGACAAGCUAGGCCAGCCAAGGGUUACCGCCCGUCAACAGAGGACGUAUCUGAUCCAGAUCGGCCAGGACUUUCAGGCUAUUGUCAAGGCUGCGACAGAGGGAAACUACACAAACCCCUUCUUUGAAGAUGCCAUGUCCAAGAAAGGAUACCAGAAACGCUUGCGAGCCGUCAUCCAAAACCUUGCUCUGGAUUUCGCCAGGGAUCUAGACGAGAGGGGAAUGUAUAUCCGAAUCAGCGACAAGAAGGUACCAGGAUUCGCUGGUGAGAACCCUACAACAACUCGACAAGGCUACCUUGACAAGAUUGUCAAGCUUAUGGAAAGAAGCCGCGGCAGAGAGCUGCCUGGUAUGUUCAAUCCUAUGAUUGUGGCCGAUCUUUUCAGAGAACAGUCCUCCCCUUGGGAAGGCCUCGCCCGAGCCCACGUGGUGAACGUCUGGGAUGGUGUUCGCGACUUUCUACGACAUGUUGUGAAGCAUACCUCCAACUUGAGCACUGUAGAGACCUUGCAGGAGUUCCUUCUUGUGCCGAAACUCGACAAGAUCUUCAAGGCACUCAACGAAAGGGUAGAGAUGCUUCUCAGCCAGCACCAGGAGGGUCACCCAAUCACUUACAAUGAUGCCUUCACCGACACUCUGCAGGAAGUCAGAGCGGAACGACGAACAGAGGAGAUGUUGAACAUCCUGAAGAGAUACUUUUUGGGAAAGGAGGUUAUCAUGAGCAACACAUACCUCCAGUCAACUGUUGACCUGAAGGUCGUGGCCAAGGACCUAGCCACCCCACCAAAGUCGAACAUGAGCCACUUUGCAGCCCAGGAGGUACUUGAUGCUCUCGAGUCGUAUUACAAGGUGGCCAUGAAGAGAUUCAUCGACGAUGUCGCUGUGGAGGCCAUUGAGGGUAUUCUGGUUGUCGAGCUUGGCAAGAUGAUCGACCCCGUUAGCGUUUCGGAGAUGUCUGACGACGAGCUGGACCAAGUUGCUGGAGAAACAGAGGUCAGUCGAGCAACCCGCAAAGAACUUGCGACGGAGCUCGCGGUGUUUGAGGGUGGCAUGCAAAUCUGCAGACAAUUCGCGGAUUUUGGAUUUUUUGGUAGGUAA